GAUCCGCCCGUCUCGGCCUCCCAAAGUGCUGGGAUUACAGGCUUGAGCCACCGCGCCCGGCCAACCCACAGGGCUUUAAUCCAGGUGCCCUUGUCUCCUACCCUUGCUGCCAUCCCAGUGUCUCCAGGGAGUAAGUAGAAAUAAAGAUCCGAUCUCACGUCUUGGGCAUUUUCCCCUCCCCUGAAAGCCCAUAAUCACUUAGCACAGUCAGAGCUUAAGGCGCCAGGCUCCAAAGAAGAUUAAAGGAACAGUUUGUGGGCAGGAAUACCCUCCUCUGAGUUCAAUCAUCUUGCACUCUAAGAAUCACCACCAUGGCCCUUGUGCCAGGGAGAAGCAAGGAGGAUGGGCUUUGGACUACAAAUAGCCCAGGCUCCUCCCAGCAUCCAGAUCCCAGGCUGCCCAACCCUCUCUGGGACAGAGGAAAAGUUGGCAAGGUUGAAGGUCACUGGCAUAUUCAGGAUACUUCCCCACCCUGUGUCUGGCAGCUGGCUUACCCUCCAAUCUGGCCCAACCUCCUUGCUGUCCCUAUUCAGGAUUUCUCUCAAAAGUCCCAUCUGCUGUCUAUUGUGGUGGAAGCCUCUGAGGUGAAUGAAGAGAGUGGGGAUCUCCAUUGGCCCCAUGAGGAGCUGCUGCUGCUCACUGAUGGUGAGGAAGAGGAUGCUGAGGCCUUCCUCCAAGACCAAAGUGAAGAGCCAGGCUGGGCUUGGAGCCCCAGAACACUUAACGCUGGACUUAGCUGGGCAGACCAGGAUGAUGAAGAUGCUUGUUGGAUUCUUGAGGACACUAAGUGUCUGGAAGCCACCAACCACUGUCCCUUCUGGGACUCAGCAACAGGCUCCUGUGUUUGUUGAAGUGGCUUUGUGGAAUAUUCUUGUCUCCUGCCUCCUAAUAGCUUUGAGGGUAACCAUUGUUCCCUCCCUCUCAAACAUCUCAUCCAGGUUUAUGAAGCUCCUUAUACCCAUCCUCUCACAAUCUACUUUUACAGGUGAGAAAAAUGAGGCUUACAGUUUAGGCCACUAGAUUAUACAAGUCAGUUGGCGCCGGAGUUUGGAUUCAGUUCCUGUCUGCUGCUUUUAGGAGCUCCAGUUAGUUGAAACUGGGGAAAGACCCACUUUUACCUUCUCUUUUCAGCAUUCAUCUUGUGCUAAAUACUGCACACAUCAUUGUAUGCAAUCUCUGUAACCCCAGAUUAUUCCCACUCUGCAGAUGAGUAAACUGGGGAACAGAAACAUUCAGCAAUAUGGUACCCAGCUAGUAAAUGUGGAAGCCAGGACUCACUUUGCAGCCAGAUAGCUUGCAAAGACAAUAGUUCUUCAGCCCUCUCCUUGCCCACAGAAAUACUAGGGUUAGGACUACUAAAAUGUCUUUAAUGACAGCCUUGAAUCAAGUAAGCAAAGUAGGUGAUGCCCCUGAAAGGGCCUAGCUCCUGCACAGUCACAGCCCAGCCAUGGGACCCUUGUUCCAGGCAGGGCAGUCGCACAUCAGGGUCCUCAUCCGAGAACUGAAUUAGGGUCCCCUGAGGGUUUAGAACCCGCAAGCAUUCUGAUAGCAGCUGGUAAGCCCUAGGCAGACCUCCCCUGGCAACAGCAUCCCAGGUGCCCUUGUCCAGCAGUAGUUGGAAAGAGCCUGAAGAAGCCACAGACCCCAGGUUCUGGGCAUCGGCCUGCAUGAAGUGGAGGCUGGAGGCAGGGUGCCCAGGGCAUAGAGGUGUUCGGCCUUGGCCACCCUCCAGGAGGCUGUUCAUGUAGGCCACAGCCACAGGAGAAAAGUCCACCCCUAACACAUCCACUGGGUGUGGAGAUUUGGUGUAGAGGCCUGUACAUAGGCUGGAGGUCCCACAGCCCACAUCCAGCACCCGCAGAGGAAUGGCAGCCCGUGCCUCCUGCAGCAACGGUAGUAGGAGCCCCUGGACUUCCUCGUAUCCAAAGAACCAGUCGAAGGUGGGGACAGUGCCCAAACGGGGCUGGGCAUGCAGCCGAUCCCAGAGACAGCGGUCCGCCAGGCAGCUACCAGCCAGUGAGUCUGUGGGCACGGUUGGAGGGUGUCACUCGGUCUAUCUCGCCACUGCAAAAACGGCGCAUAUACACACUGGGGUCUUUUUUUUUUUUUAAGACAGGGUCUCACUCUGUAACCCAGGGUGGAGUGCAGUGGCACAAUCAUGGCUCACUGAAGCCUCCCCUUCCUGGGCUCAGGUGAUCCUCCCACGUCAGUCUCCUGAGUAGCUAGUACUCCAGGCGCCAUCAUGCCCGGUUAAUUUUUUUGUAGACGGGGGUCUCGCUAUGUUAUCCUAGGCUGGUCUCGAACUCCUCGGCCAAGCGAUCUGCCCACCUCAGACUGGCAAAGUGUUAGGAUAUCAGCCGUGAGCCACCGCAGGGUCUGAGAACCACAAUUUCAGGGACUACACUCCUGAGUCACGAGGAACCCACCCUGCCCUCCCUACUCUGCCCCCACCUCCCUACCCGGAAAGGGGCGGCACGUCCCCAUCAUCAGGCUCGGCAAGUGGAGCAUUCGACGCAGCGCAGCCAUCUGGAGCUUCGUUAAGUUCGAUCAGAGAACCUUGUGUGAAGCGUCCACCCUACUCCAUCCAGAGGCCCGAGGUCCAGGGGAAGAUCUGCAAAUUCCGCGUAGCGAAAGGCAGCAUACAGCUUCCCCAAAUUCUGCAGUCUCGGGAAAAAGAACGCGGACACAGACUGACUAUGGUAGGAACGGCCUUUAUUGGCUGCAGCGGUAAGUGGAAGAGGGGAUACAGCGUCCGCAGACCUGAAAUCAAAUGAGAACAUGUGAGCAACCCCAUGGAGGAGCCAGCUGGAUCUCGGUUGUGCCGGUCCGAGAUUCCCGGUGUCCCGGCGCUUGAGGAUAGAACCAGCGGAUGGGAAGCCGCCGGCACCGAAGACAGGACGCCGAGGGGGCCAGAGCCCUUUCCCUCUUCCUCCGCACAUUACGGGGAGCGGUACCACAAGCCCGAUCCCCGCCAAGAAAAGGAGGAUCCUGAGGCCUAGCUCAGAGCCUUCCGCCCGACACCCAUGCCACUCCCGGCCGCCCAAUCCUGCUACUACACAGAAACCUCACCUACUCGCUCACCUCCCUCCGAAAGGUCUUGCGCACUGCGGAGCUCCUUUAUAUAGGCCAAGGACCCGCCCCCGAAUUGCGAUUGGCCCGCGGAAGGCCGGGGCGGAGCCACGCGGAUCCCGCGCUGAGCGGAAGUACGGACAGUGAACUGGCGUGGCAUCGCAGCUAUGGGAGCUCCCGGGGGAAAGAUCAACCGGCCCCGAACGUAGGAGCUGAAGAAGAAGCUGUUCAAACGCCGGCGGGUGCUGAAUCGGGAGCGGCGUCUGAGGCACCGGGUGGUCGGGGCUGUGAUAGACCAAGGGCUGAUCACGCGGCACCACCUCAAAAAGCGGGCGUCCAGCGCACGUGCCAACAUUACUCUGUCAGGGAAGAAGCGCAGAAAACUCCUCCAGCAGAUCCGGCUUGCCCAGAAAGAGAAGGCAGCCAUGGAAGUGGAAGCCCCUUCAAAACCAGCCAGGACUAGUGAACCACGGCUCAAAAGGCAAAAGAAGACAAAAGCUCCCCAGGAUGUAGAAAUGAAGGACCUUGAAGAUGAGAGCUAAACCUCUUCCAGUAGAAGAUUCUCAACUGGAGCCAGCCUUCAGACUCAGUGGUUGUUUUAGAGGACGUUGACAAAAGCAGUGCCCCUUUUCACUCUCCAGAUUUCCUCCUACCUAAUGGCCUACUGACCUCCCCUACAGGGAUGUCUUUGGGAGGGAAGAAGGUACAGAAGAAAGAUUGGAGAAGGGCCUCUCUAGCAGUCAACUCCAUUUGUAAUAAAGCCCUAGCACUCUGA